AUGGCGUCGUGGAAGCUUUCCGUUCUCGCCCUCUGCGCGCUCGCGUCAUUGCUGGUGCCCGCUGCGGCGCUGCCUACCAAGGAGGACUUCAUUGACGAAUUAAAGUUGACCCGAGACGCGCUUUCAGAUUCCCAGCUGAACAACCGAUAUGACGCCACCCGCACGCUCCUUGACCACGUCAUCCCUCAACUGGAGACCGACUGGAAUCCGAAUGACGAUUUCCUAAAAAAAGUCGACCACAAAACCUUCAUGCUGCCCGAGGACCGCGCCAUUGCUACCUCAGCGCCGGACGCGCUCGCCAUGAUGGUGAACACCGGCCUGAAGCGCGGUGACGUCGAUCCCUUCACCAAGCUUUUUCGCGCUCAGAUGCUCGACGGCGUGUACCCAGAGGAGGACGACAUUGCGAAAGCGUCAACUCUCAAGGACGUGAAUGGUCGCACCGUGAGCAAGGAGGAAGUUGUGGACACGACGACUCAGGUCAACGCAAUGAAUAUUGGAUUUGGCAAGAACAAGUUCAAGAUUGGAAAGGGCAAGAAGAGAGUGAGGAUUGGAAAGGGCAAGGCUAAGAUUAAGGUUCCUGGGAUUUUCAGGGGAAGGUUUCUUACCAUCCAUGGCGUUGACGCGUCGCAGCCGACAAAGUAA